UUUUAUUUUGAUAGGGAGUAUCACGUGUGUCCAGUCUGAUCCAAGCAACAUCUAAAAUCUUUGACUGAAUCGCGGAAGUUGUUGUCAUAUGACUUAUGACUGCUAAAAUGUUACUAAUCCCUGGAUAAAAGUGGCCUAAAAGGUGAAUGAAACACCAUUUGAUAACGAAAUGGAGGAGAUAAAAGUGUCUCCUGACUACAACUGGUUCCGAAGUUCAGUUCCUCUGAAAAGAAUAAUCGUGGAUGACGAUGACAGUAAGGUCUGGUCGCUGUAUGAUGCUGGCCCAAAGAGCAUUCGCUGCCCCAUCAUCUUCCUGCCCCCAGUCAGCGGAACCGCAGAGGUUUUCUUUCAACAAGUACUAGCACUGACUGGCUGGGGAUACCGCGUCAUCUCGCUUCAGUACCCUGUUUACUGGGAUCUACUUGAGUUCUGUGAUGGCUUCAGGAAGCUUUUAGACCACUUACAGCUGGACAAGGUCCAUCUCUUCGGUGCCUCUCUGGGUGGAUUCCUGGCUCAGAAAUUUGCUGAGUGCACUCAUAAAUCCCCGAGGGUUCACUCUCUCAUCCUGUGCAACUCCUUCAGUGACACCUCCAUAUUUAACCAAACAUGGACUGCAAACAGUUUUUGGGUUAUGCCCGCCUUUAUGCUAAAGAAGAUUGUUCUUGGGAACUUCGCCAAAGGACCUGUAGACCCCAAAAUGGCAGACGCUAUUGACUUCAUGGUUGAUCGACUGGAAUCUCUGAACCAGAGCGAGCUAGCCUCGCGGCUAACGCUAAACUGCCAGAACUCCUACGUGGAGCCGCACAAGAUCAAGGAUGUGGCCGUCACCAUCAUAGACGUGUUUGAUCAGAGUGCUCUUUCAAAUGAAGCCAAGGAGGAGAUGUAUAAGCUGUACCCCAACGCCAGGCGUGCUCACCUGAAGACUGGAGGAAACUUCCCUUACCUGUGCAGGAGUGCAGAAGUCAACCUCUACAUACAGAUCCACCUGCGCCAGUUCCACGGCACACGCUACGCUGCCAUCAACCCGGCCAUGGUGAGCGCAGAGGAGCUGGAGGUCCAGAAGGCCCACCUGAACCAGAACGGCGACAGCGAUGAGGAGUUCUAGGGCUCAGACUGCACCAGCCCCCCCCCCCCACCCCCCACCCCCGCCCCGGUCCUAAAGGAGGUCAUGUGAGACCACGGCACGGCACCAUGCGGCGCAGUGUGACUGCACUAAAACAUACAAAAAUAAACCUGUGAACUAGCAGUCAGAAAACCGUGGAUGUCACACAUACUGUACAGUUGAACAUUUCAAACUGAUCUUUACUUGGUCCUGUGUUUUUUUCUAUGAUGUAUUCAAUCAAUGAUGUUUAAAGGAGACAAUUUUUACUUUACAGGAGAAAAUAAAGUAUUUUAAUAAUGACUAUUUCUGUAAAUAAUUAUGAAUUGGGUACAUUAUUUAAAAUGACCUUAAUAAGAUGCCAUACUUUUUCAACCUGUUGCCUUAUGUAAUACUGAACCCGCUGUUCUAGCUAGUUUUUUCGCACUUUGUAUUACUGGAAUUUCAUUCUUUCAAACUUUUGUGUUUGUUUGUUUGUCUGUUUUAUUUUUUUCUCACUGCCAGCUUUUAUAUUCUGUAUGGAGCCAUGCACUGAAACCGUAUCCACCCAAUGAUGUGAUCAGGAAUAGUAUUGAAAAAGUAAUGUACAUUGUUUCAUUUGUUAUCAAGUAAAAAUGGUUAAGAGUC